AUGGCGUUUCCAUCUACAUCUCCUCGCGCCUCUUGCUCUCAUCCUCGUCCUCAGGGCACGAGCACAAUGACCAUAAAACCAAACCCGAACCCGAAUCCGAACCUGAACCCAAUGUUCUCCCUCCACCGCAAGACUGCGCGGGCCAAAACGGCAGUCAAGAUUCAGGAAAUCGAGCAGAGAGCGGUGGUGGAUCAAGGGGCGAGGGUGGGACGGAGCUCGAGCAGCCCAAGAAUGAACUCAUCGGGAAAAAUGGUGUUCCAAAGCUUAGAGCGUAGCUCAAGCAGUCCAAGCAUUUUCAAUGAUGGUGGUGUUGAUGUUGAGUUGUGCUGUGCAGAACUGCUGGGCGAGAGAGUGAAGGGUUGGAUCAAAGUUGACAGAGAGGCCACAACGAACAUCCCAGUUUUGGGAAGAUGGGUUACUGUUGCAAGCAUUACAGAAGGAGAUGUGGGCACACAAUGCAUUGUGAAUGUUACAACGAAAUGAUAAAGCGGGACAAAUAUUGUUGUCCAAUAUGCUCCAAGUCAGUGAUUGACAUGUCUAGAACCUAGAAGAAAAUAGAUGAAGAGAUUGAAGCCACUGUUAUGCCAGAGGAUUACCGGAAUAACAAGGUUUGGAUCCUGUGCAAUGACUGCAAUGACACAACCGAAGUUUACUUCCACAUUAUUGGUCAGAAAUGCAACCACUGCAAAUUAUACAACACCCACACAAUUGCUCCUCCAGUUCUUCCUCAAUGAUCAAAAGAUGUUUCAAUUCCCACGAAUAUGUCCAGUCCAGUUGGUGCAGCGAAAGCUUGUACCCUCAAAUGUGCCCUGGAAAGGGGAACUUGAUUGAUUCAAUUUUUAUCCCCAAUUAGUUAUGUACCAUUGCAUUACGGUUGAUUUAAAAUGAUUGUAAUGUUUUAUGUGUGCAUCAGACUUUUUCCAGGCUAUUCUUCCUCUAAAACCCAUGUAAUCAGUCUUGGGGUUGAUGUAAACAUUAUAUAUACUAUAAUUCUGUUAUGGACUAAUGAAAGUUGAUUCUUGAACUAAAAAAAAAAA